AUGCAGCCGAAGGGAGGCGGCGCGGGGGGGCUGGCGGCCUCCUCGCAGGUUGCGCCAGCGACAGGCGCCGCCGCGACCGCUAGCGCAGUUGGUGGCGGUGGUGCGGCGGGAACCGCAGGCGGAGGCAAGGCGAAGGGGACGAAACCACCAGCCACAGCACACAAACCCGGCCACUUUCACUCCUCUCCUCUCCAAUCACUUCAGCCCCUCCUCUCAUUCCAGCACACUCCCCCCUUUUCCCCCCACAUCUUGCCCCUUCUGCCCGCCCUCACCCGCCCAGUAGGGGCGGCAGCGAGGCCCAAGAAGAUGUUGAAAGCAGAUGUCCUUUCGCCCCCUCCUCUCAUUCUCGCACAGCAUACCCUUUUCUCCCCCACCUUCUCUCCCCCCCCUUCGUCCCCCCCACCCCAUUCCCUCCCUUCUGUCCCCCUCUGCCCGCCCUCACUCACUCCCCCAGGCGGAGCAGCAGGCGCAGCGGCAUGGAGGCCAAAGAAGAUGCCCGCCGGCCCCUUGGUCGCUCCCCACCCCUUCACCCCUCUACCCGCCCUCACUCCCCAAGAUGUCCGAAGAAUAUGUCCGCUGCCCCCUCGGUCCCCUCCCACCCCUUGCCCUCCUCUGCCCCCCUUUACCCGCCCUCACGCCCCCAGGCGGAGCAGCAAGCGGGGCGGCAGCGGCGAGGCGAAGCUCAAGAAGAUGCGGAGCAGCAGGUGGGGCGGCAGCAACGAGGCCCAAGAAGAUAUCCAAAGCAGCUGUCCGCCUCCCCCCCUCAUUCACCACUGCUUGCCCCCCUCUGCCCCCCUUUACCCGCCGUCACUGUGCCAGGCGGGGCAGCAGGCGGGGCGGCAGCAGCGGCGCGGCAGGCGGGGCGACGGCAGCGCGGCCCAAGAAGAUGUCCAAAGCACUGCACACACACCCCCUCCGCCCUUGUCGUUCCCCACCCGUUGUCCCCUUCAGGCGGAGCAGCAGGCGGGGCACCAGCGGCAGGCCCAAGAAGAUGUCAAAAGCAGAUAA